AUGGAUGAGCACGCCGCCGUCAAUGGCCUGUUGUCCAUUCCGCUGUCCGUUGUCAGUGCACUCUUUGGCAUAGUGACCGUGUUGUUCUCUUACACGUGGUCUGUCCUUUAUUUGCUUGCCUCCCCACUAGUCUACCUUGGCCAUGGCCUUCUCGCCCUGGUUCUAUUUCCGGUGCAGGUUUUGUUGAAAUUUGAAGCGUUUCUUACAUUCGUGGCUGGCGCUGUCUUCACUGGAGUCACAGUGGGCCUAUGUUUAUAUUUCGCCGGUGAUUCCCUCACACAACUUCUCCGGCUGCAACCAUCGAGUGCACCAUCUUUUCCAACUGAUUUGGUCGACCCCAAAGAUCCACCGUUUGACUGGGAGUCGAGAAUGUUCAUGUCAUCAACGAUCCUAGAGGAGGAAGAGAACAGUCAGGACUCCACUCCAGGUGACUAA